AUGAAAUCUAUUUACAGCAGGGAAGUUAAACAAUUCUAUCUCCUCUUCUUCCUUCCUUCCUUCCUUCCUUCCUUCCUUCCUUCCUUCCUUCCUUCCUUCCUUCCUUCCUUCCUUCCUUCCUUUCCACUUCUUUCUUCAAAAAGGAAUAGUCCAUUAUUUAUAAGGUUCCUUCUAUCUCCUCCUUUUCUUCUUUCUUUCUUUCUUUCUUUUUUCUUUCUUUUUUUCUUUCUUUCUUCCUUUCUUUCAUUUUAUCACUGGAAACAAGUAGUGAAGUUAAACAAUUCUAUAUCCUCUUCUUUCUUUCUUUCUUUCUUUCUUUCUUUCUUUCUUUCUUUCUUUCUUUCUUUCUUUCUUUCUUUCUUUCUUUCUUUCUUUCUUUCAUUCAUUUUAUCACUGAAAACAAGUAGUGAAGUUAAACAAUUCUAUAUCCUCUUCUUUCUUUCUUUCUUUCUUUCUUUCUUUCUUUCUUUCUUUCUUUCUUUCUUUCUUUCUUUCUUUCUUUCUUUCAUUUUAUCACUGAAAACAAGUAGUACGGUACAUAUCUAUCUCAAUUUUUUUUCUAUUGGUCUGAGUUUAUGCUUUGAUAUCUAUCUAUCUAUCUAUCUAUCUAUCUAUCUAUCUAUCUAUCUAUCUCUGUUUAUAUCUAUCUAUCUAUCUAUCUAUCUAUCUAUCUAUCUAUCUAUAUUCAUAUUUAUCUCUGUUCAUAUCAAUCUAUGUUCAUUAUCUAUCUAUCUUCUAUCUAUCUAUCUAUCUAUCUAUCUAUCUAUCUAUCUAUCUAUUAGGUUGGUGCAAAAAUAA